AUUACGUCUCAUUUAUUCAUUCCCUUCUUAAUUGCGUUUUGCCAAAAAGUUUGCUUGGUUUAUGAAAAAGCACAAAGAUGGUGAUGACCCCAUAUCACGGCGGAAUUGGAAGCACCACUUCUGCUACGGCAAUAACGGCAGUCUCGCUGGUAUUGACGCUGUUUUUGAUUCUUGAUUCUCCGGCAGCGAUGGGGAACCCCGUGGUUGACUUUUCCAGCAUAGAGGAGGCCGGCUAUGGGGAGGAGAAGCUUUCCACUGUUCUGAUUGAUGGUACUGUCCUCUGUCAUCCUUGUCUCUACGCUCAAAAGGCGGCGGCUCGUCACGAUCGUCUCCGCCAGCCUCCGCCACAACCCAUCUCAGGUGCUUCCGUGGGUGUUUAUUGCGGCGGCAGAAGAGGAGGGAGAUGGCGGCGGUUAUGGGCGCGGAACACGACGGACGAAUACGGCGAGUUCCUUAUAGAUCUGCCUUCACAUCUCCAUGCAAUUCCAAACCUACAAAAUAAUUGCUGGGUUAAGGUUCUUCAUCUUCCAAGGGAUUCAACCUGCAGCAGCCACCCAUCUUUUACAAGGAAACGCAAAGGCAUGAAGCUCACCGCAAUCCGCGGCGACACCGGCCUCCGUACUUACACCGCCCACAACAUACAUAUCAACGAUAAAGCAUGCACAAAAUGAUAACAAACAAGCGUAUUAUAUAUAGUGUCUUCUAGCUAGGUUUUAAACAAUUACAUACGACGAUCGAGAGUUUUCAGUUUUGUACAAAAUUGGCCACAGCGUUACUCAUCUGGUUGGCGCUCCAGUCACAAUGUUUGAGUUAUUUACGUGCAGUGGUCUGGCUUCAACUUGAAUUGCUAAGUUAUAUAUUUAUAUAAUAUAUAAAUGAGUGGCGAGUAUUUAUCUUUUGAAAUAUACGUGUAGGGUUGUUAACGAACUGAAUAUAAAUGAAUUGUGGUUGUUUGUGUUCG